CCAGAGAAAGAUUUAACUAUUUUUGGGUGCGGAUGAAUACAGCCAGAUGACGUGGCAGCCUCUUGUAUAUAAAGGGGUAUGCGCUACGUCGCCAUUAUUCGCAUCACACAGAAAAACAGGAUCACGACAGCUGCGGUUGAAUUCUUCAACAUUACUUCGUCGCAAUCUUUAAACAUGCAGAUCUUUGUAAAGACUCUCACUGGCAAGACCAUCACCCUUGAGGUGGAGCCCAGUGACACCAUUGAGAAUGUCAAGGCCAAAAUCCAGGACAAGGAAGGCAUUCCCCCAGACCAGCAGAGGCUGAUCUUUGCUGGCAAGCAGCUGGAAGAUGGCCGCACCCUCUCAGACUACAACAUUCAGAAAGAGUCCACCCUCCAUCUUGUCCUGCGACUGAGGGGAGGCAUGCAGAUCUUCGUGAAGACCCUCACUGGCAAGACCAUCACCCUGGAGGUGGAGCCCAGUGACACCAUUGAGAAUGUCAAGGCCAAAAUCCAGGACAAGGAAGGCAUCCCCCCAGACCAGCAGAGGCUGAUCUUUGCUGGAAAGCAGCUGGAAGAUGGCCGCACCUUGUCAGACUACAACAUUCAAAAAGAGUCCACCCUCCAUCUUGUCCUGCGACUGAGGGGAGGCAUGCAGAUCUUCGUGAAGACCCUCACUGGCAAGACCAUCACCCUGGAGGUGGAGCCCAGUGACACCAUUGAGAAUGUCAAGGCCAAAAUCCAGGACAAGGAAGGCAUUCCCCCAGACCAGCAGAGGCUGAUCUUUGCUGGCAAGCAGCUGGAAGAUGGCCGCACCCUCUCAGACUACAACAUUCAGAAAGAGUCCACCCUCCAUCUUGUCCUGCGACUGAGGGGAGGCAUGCAGAUCUUCGUGAAGACCCUCACUGGCAAGACCAUCACCCUUGAGGUGGAGCCCAGUGACACCAUUGAGAAUGUCAAGGCCAAAAUCCAGGACAAGGAAGGCAUUCCCCCAGACCAGCAGAGGCUGAUCUUUGCUGGCAAGCAGCUGGAAGAUGGCCGCACCCUCUCAGACUACAACAUUCAGAAAGAGUCCACCCUCCAUCUUGUCCUGCGACUGAGGGGAGGCAUGCAGAUCUUCGUGAAGACCCUCACUGGCAAGACCAUCACCCUGGAGGUGGAGCCCAGUGACACCAUUGAGAAUGUCAAGGCCAAAAUCCAGGACAAGGAAGGCAUCCCCCCAGACCAGCAGAGGCUGAUCUUUGCUGGAAAGCAGCUGGAAGAUGGCCGCACCUUGUCAGACUACAACAUUCAAAAGGAGUCCACCCUGCAUCUUGUCCUGCGACUGAGGGGAGGCAUGCAGAUCUUCGUGAAGACCCUCACUGGCAAGACCAUCACCCUGGAGGUGGAGCCCAGUGACACCAUUGAGAAUGUCAAGGCCAAAAUCCAGGACAAGGAAGGCAUUCCCCCAGACCAGCAGAGGCUGAUCUUUGCUGGAAAGCAGCUGGAAGAUGGCCGCACCUUGUCAGACUACAACAUUCAAAAAGAGUCCACCCUCCAUCUUGUCCUGCGACUCAGGGGAGGCAUGCAGAUCUUUGUGAAGACCCUCACUGGCAAGACCAUCACCCUCGAGGUGGAGCCCAGUGACACCAUUGAGAAUGUCAAGGCCAAAAUCCAGGACAAGGAAGGCAUCCCCCCAGACCAGCAGAGGCUGAUCUUUGCUGGAAAGCAGCUGGAAGAUGGCCGCACCUUGUCAGACUACAACAUUCAAAAAGAGUCCACCCUCCAUCUUGUCCUGCGACUGAGGGGAGGCAUGCAGAUCUUCGUGAAGACCCUCACUGGCAAGACCAUCACCCUGGAGGUGGAGCCCAGUGACACCAUUGAGAAUGUCAAGGCCAAAAUCCAGGACAAGGAAGGCAUCCCCCCAGACCAGCAGAGGCUGAUCUUCGCUGGGAAGCAGCUGGAAGAUGGCCGCACCCUCUCAGACUAUAACAUUCAGAAAGAGUCCACCCUCCAUCUUGUCCUGCGACUGAGGGGAGGCAUGCAGAUUUUCGUGAAGACCCUCACUGGCAAGACCAUCACCCUCGAGGUGGAGCCCAGUGACACCAUUGAGAAUGUCAAGGCCAAAAUCCAGGACAAGGAAGGCAUCCCCCCAGACCAGCAGAGGCUGAUCUUCGCUGGAAAGCAGCUGGAAGAUGGCCGCACUUUGUCCGACUACAACAUUCAAAAGGAGUCCACCCUGCAUCUUGUUCUUCGGCUGAGGGGAGGGCUACUAAACAUGCAGAUCUUUGUGAAGACCCUCACUGGCAAGACCAUCACCCUAGAGGUGGAGCCCAGUGACACCAUUGAGAAUGUCAAGGCCAAAAUCCAGGACAAGGAAGGCAUCCCCCCAGACCAGCAGAGACUGAUCUUCGCUGGAAAGCAGCUGGAAGAUGGCCGCACCCUCUCCGACUAUAAUAUUCAGAAGGAGUCCACCCUCCAUCUUGUCCUGCGACUGAGGGGCGGCAUGCAGAUCUUUGUGAAGACCCUCACUGGCAAGACCAUCACCCUGGAGGUAGAGCCCAGUGACACCAUUGAGAAUGUCAAGGCCAAAAUCCAGGACAAGGAAGGCAUCCCCCCAGACCAGCAGAGGCUGAUCUUUGCUGGAAAGCAGCUGGAAGAUGGCCGCACCCUCUCAGACUAUAACAUUCAGAAGGAGUCCACCCUGCAUCUUGUUCUGCGACUUAGGGGAGGCAUGCAGAUCUUUGUGAAAACCCUCACUGGCAAGACCAUCACCCUUGAGGUGGAGCCCAGUGACACCAUUGAGAACGUCAAGGCCAAAAUCCAGGACAAGGAAGGCAUCCCCCCAGACCAGCAGAGGCUGAUCUUUGCUGGAAAGCAGCUGGAAGAUGGCCGCACCCUCUCCGACUAUAACAUUCAGAAGGAGUCCACCCUCCAUCUUGUCCUGCGACUGAGGGGCGGCAUGCAGAUCUUUGUGAAGACCCUCACUGGCAAGACCAUCACCCUGGAGGUGGAGCCCAGUGACACCAUUGAGAAUGUCAAGGCCAAAAUCCAGGACAAGGAAGGCAUCCCCCCAGACCAGCAGAGGCUGAUCUUUGCUGGAAAGCAGCUGGAAGAUGGCCGCACCCUCUCAGACUAUAACAUUCAGAAGGAGUCCACCCUCCAUCUUGUCCUGCGACUGAGGGGUGGCAUGCAGAUCUUUGUGAAGACCCUCACUGGCAAGACCAUCACCCUGGAGGUGGAGCCCAGUGACACCAUUGAGAAUGUCAAGGCCAAAAUCCAGGACAAGGAAGGCAUCCCCCCAGACCAGCAGAGGCUGAUCUUUGCUGGAAAGCAGCUGGAAGAUGGCCGCACCCUCUCCGACUAUAACAUUCAGAAGGAGUCCACCCUCCAUCUUGUCCUGCGACUGAGGGGCGGCAUGCAGAUCUUUGUGAAGACCCUCACUGGCAAGACCAUCACCCUGGAGGUGGAGCCCAGUGACACCAUUGAGAAUGUCAAGGCCAAAAUCCAGGACAAGGAAGGCAUCCCCCCAGACCAGCAGAGGCUGAUCUUUGCUGGAAAGCAGCUGGAAGAUGGCCGCACCCUCUCCGACUAUAACAUUCAGAAGGAGUCCACCCUCCAUCUUGUCCUGCGACUGAGGGGCGGCAUGCAGAUCUUUGUGAAGACCCUCACUGGCAAGACCAUCACCCUGGAGGUGGAGCCCAGUGACACCAUUGAGAAUGUCAAGGCCAAAAUCCAGGACAAGGAAGGCAUCCCCCCAGACCAGCAGAGGCUGAUCUUUGCUGGAAAGCAGCUGGAAGAUGGCCGCACCCUCUCCGACUAUAAUAUUCAGAAGGAGUCCACCCUCCAUCUUGUCCUGCGACUGAGGGGCGGCAUGCAGAUCUUUGUGAAGACCCUCACUGGCAAGACCAUCACCCUGGAGGUGGAGCCCAGUGACACCAUUGAGAAUGUCAAGGCCAAAAUCCAGGACAAGGAAGGCAUCCCCCCAGACCAGCAGAGGCUGAUCUUUGCUGGAAAGCAGCUGGAAGAUGGCCGCACCCUCUCAGACUAUAACAUUCAGAAGGAGUCCACCCUCCAUCUUGUCCUGCGACUGAGGGGCGGCAUGCAGAUCUUUGUGAAGACCCUCACUGGCAAGACCAUCACCCUGGAGGUGGAGCCCAGUGACACCAUUGAGAAUGUCAAGGCCAAAAUCCAGGACAAGGAAGGCAUCCCCCCAGACCAGCAGAGGCUGAUCUUUGCUGGAAAGCAGCUGGAAGAUGGCCGCACCCUCUCCGACUAUAAUAUUCAGAAGGAGUCCACCCUCCAUCUUGUCCUUCGACUGAGGGGCGGCCUGUAACAAUUCCAAGUUCUUAUACCAUAAAAUAUUGUGCAGUCUAUUUGAGAAGGCCUCUGCCAUUAUGACAAUAGUUAAGUGCAUGUUCGAAUAAAUAAAGUUAAGUGCAUGUUCGAAUAAAUAAUUAAACCUAAA